CAAGAGAAAAAUAUAAACUAUGGCGGCAUAAUUUGUAUUUGGGACAAAUAGAAACGGGAUGUUCUAUAUGAAAGAUAUUGAGUAGCGAUGAGUUUUUUUCGUUGAGAUUUUUAAGAUAUGGUUGGCCCCUAUGGUGCUAUAACUUGGUGGGGAUUUAGUCCAGCUUUAGACCUUCAAAAUGAAUAUAAAAGGCUGGAUGUUAGUGCCCGUUCAAAAGAACCAAUUAAUAUUCUCUUGGUUGGCUGUGGAGACUGCAGACAUCUGCUGAAAACUCUAGCAAAAACAUACAAAUGGGAAAAAACUCAACUAAAUGUUUAUGUUGUGGAAAAUAAUCUCGAGUUAUUUGCCAGACACCUCCUGCUUCUUGGUAUUGCAUUGGAAUCAAAGGAGAAACUAGGUUUGCAAGAAAAAUGUGAACUUUUCUUGGAAUUGUUGGGCAACAGCUUGAUUCGACCUCAGACAUGCGAUUAUUUGAAAGAAAAGGCCAAUGAAUAUAUACGGAUGGUAACAGACUUGGAUUAUAUGGAGAGGAACUUUCCUUUGAUUGAUAUGUCAUUGUUGAAGUUCAAAGAGCGAGACCUGCUCGAAGGGAUAUUCAAAUUUUGGCGGAACACGAAUGGAAAAUUGUUCGACAUCGCUAAAUGUUGGGACUUGAGGCUGAGAAAUUAUCUCGAGGUGAGAUACGAUCACCGAAAUAACAUUUAUGACUGGGACUACAAUAUGACUUUGCAUAAAAAGGCCGAUAUCAUUCGUUUCCAAGAAUACAAGGUGUGGCGGGAUCAGGGCGUGGCAUUUGAGCUUCGCGAGGAUGCUUCAUACGAAGUCACCAAUCGUAGUUUAGCAUCUGGUCUCGUUGUCACCAAGGGUUCAGAAAAGUAUGGCAGUCGUGGUUUCUGGGGCGACAUUAUCAACAGUCCGUACUUGGCUUUUGGUAUUGAAUGCGAUGAUAAGUCUUUGUUUGAGAAGAAAAACGAUGUUUAUAUUAAGAGCGCUCGAGACAUUUCAGUUCAUAACGUGACGUCUUUCAUGCACGAGUUGAUGUAUAAAGAGAAAUACGAACCUGUCAAAGAGAGAGCGGCGAGAGGUAAAAAGGAACAUCCAAGGAUACAAGAGGUAAUCGAGGAAGUUGAGGAACUUCAGGUGGCAGAGGAGGAUAAUGUAAAAGCGCAAGAAGAAGCCUGUAUUCAAACCGAGGGGGUGAAAGUCCAUUUCCUUCCCCUGAACUGUGUUCCUGAUUUACAAAAAAAGAGCAAGUACAAGCAACUGUUUGAUUUGGUUUAUUUUUCUAACAGUAUGGUUCAUUUCCUGACACCGGAACUCAAAGCUCUCUUCUCCCAAGAAGCCAUGUUGAUUAUCGAAACAACAAAAUUCAUGCUGGACUUGAAAGAAGAUCAAAGCAAAGAGUAUUUUGGUAAAAUCUCUGCUAUGGCACAACGGGCCGGCUUUCAACCCCUCGGUUCAUGCGAUGCUGUCAAAGACGCGUUUGCCUACUUCAAGUUCACAGGAUAGUAUGAACACAUGUUAUUGGCAAGCUGUAAAAACCUCGUCUUUGCUCGAUUAUGUUCAGCUUAGAAAUGUGGUCGGUUUAUAACCUAAUACCUAAGAGCCUUCAUGUCGUCUAAUAAACCCCCCAGAUGAAACAAACGCCUCAAUUUCCACAAAUAUCUUACUUGUAUUAAAAUGCGAUGAUUUUGCCGUUUUAGCUUUUUGUAAAGUAGCAACGUUUGUAGUAUAUAUUUUGAAUUGAGAGAGUUUAGGUGUGAUAUCGUAUAUAUGUUGCUUCGCCAUUGGUAACUCGAAGUGUUAAACAUCAUUAUGCGCAUGCGCGAAUCAAAUUUGUAAAAUGUUUGUGCAGCAAAAUAUUCGUUAAUAAAUAUUCAUGAAUUUCAUGGAAACUUUCCCUCAACACGAA